CGAGGAGGAGGAGGAGGAAGAGGAGGAGGGCUCUGGAAACUGAAAGCAAUCGUUUACCACAGCUUUUGCAAGACUAGGUGGCCACCCUCUGCGAAACACCCCAACCUCCGGGCUACCAAAUGCGGCGGCGGCGGCCUCAGGAGGACCAUUCGUGCGCGCGCAGUGUUCCGCCAGGUCGCCGUUGCCACGGCCAUGAGGAGCCUCUGGUGGUGGUGGAGCGCGGCGGGACUGCUGACUCUUCUCCUCGGGGAAGCGAGAAGUAAAUAUGCGCCUUUACCGGACAUCAACAACCGCACCUUUAUCAAGCAAUACAUCGACAUCCACAACAAGUUCCGCAGCGAAGUCAAGCCCUCUGCCUCCAACAUGCUCUACAUGACAUUUGAUUUAGCUUUAGCUAGAAUUGCUAGAGCAUGGGCAAAUAAAUGUGUUUGGAAACAUAAUCCUAAUCAAAACUACCAUCCUAAUCGUAUGUUUAAGCCAACCGGAGAAAAUAUGUGGAUGGGAAGUGCAAGCAGAAAUCCAAUUAAUGUCGAGAAUCCAAUUAAAGCAUUUCACAGUGAAGUAAAUUACUAUACUUACUCUACCCAUCACUGCACCAAAGUAUGUGGACAUUAUACCCAGGUAGUUUGGGCUACUUCACACAAAGUUGGCUGUGCUGUUGUUCACUGCCGUUACAUGGAUGGAAAGGAAAAAAAUAAUAACCUUUUAGUAUGCAAUUAUGCUCCAGCGGGCAAUUACCGUGGAGUACGUCCUUAUAAAGAGGGAAAACCAUGCAGUAACUGUCCAAAAGGAGACACUUGUAAAGACAACCUCUGUAGAAAUCCUGAACGUGAGAAAGAAAACAACUUACGUUAUUCACGAUGGUAUCCACCAUUUGAAAGUCGGAUUAUAUGUGAUCCAUCUUGCAUUGCUGUUGCGGUUUUAAGGCCAUUGUUAAUGUUUCUGGCAUUUGUUGCUGUUUAUUGCUUACAGAUCUAUUAUCCAGGUUUAAGUUUUUCUAAAUAAUCUUUAACGACUUUGGUUAAUUAUAAAAUUAUAUUUACAUGAAUUUUUACAUUAUUUUCCUGUUCUAUUUUUUAAAAGUAGAUUUGGUUCAAUUCAUUAUUUUUAUGAAAUUUUGUCAAAUUCUUAAUGCUUUUUUAUUCUGAUG